AUGACGGCCUUUUUCAAACCGAGCUCAGAGACAGACGUCUCACCGGAGCCGGUCCUCAACGAUGCGAAUGGCGACCUUGUCACCGCGACCGAGGAGCGCAGUCUUCAUCGCGGUCUCGCGGAGCGGCAUCUUUCAAUGCUUGGCAUCGCCGGCGCCAUCGGGACGGGCCUGUUUCUCGGCCUUGGCGGAUCGGUGCAGACGGGCGGUCCCCUCGGUGCUCUCCUCGGCUACGCGACCGUCGGCCUCGUCGUGUGCGCCGUGCAGUUUGCCCUCGGAGAGGUUGCCGCGCUCCUCCCCGUGACGGGUGCGUUUGUCCGACACGCAGAGUUUCUGGUAGAUCCUGCUUGGGGAUUCGCUAUCGGUUGGAAUCUUGUGUAUGGAAAUAUUUUAUCUGUACCUUCUGAAAUCACGGCCAUUUGUGUGCUGUUCGAAUUCUGGACCGACCUCAACCCCUCCGUCUUCAUCAUCAUCUUCAUCAUCCUAACAGCAGCAGUCGGCCUCGCCUUUAUCCGGGUCUUUGGAGAAGUAGAAUUCUGGUUCGCCCUGCUAAAGAUCCUUCUCGUCGUCUUCCUCAUCAUCCUGGGUCUUGUCAUCAACCUCGGAGGAGUCCCAGGAACCCCUCGCAUCGGGUUCAGAUACUGGAAGGAUCCCGGUCCGUUUGUCGAGCACAUCGCCACGGGGAACUGGGGCAAGUUUCUUGGAUACUGGUCCGUCAUGACGAGCGCCGUCUUCUCGUUUGCGGGUGUAGAGUCCAUCGCCAUGGCUGCUGCCGAGACGAGGAACCCUGCAAAGGCUAUCCCGAAGGCUUGCAAGAAUGUCUUUAUCCGGAUCAUCGUCUUUUACAUUCUGGCCAUUCUCGUCGUCGGUAUGCUAGUUCCGAGCAACGAUGAGCGUCUCAACGAUUCCUCUGGACAAGCGGCUCAGAGUCCCUUCGUUAUCGCCGCGUCUGCAGCUGGUAUCCCCGCAAUCCCAUCCGUCGUCAACGCCGUUGUCAUCACCUCUGCCUGGUCGGCUUCGAAUCAGAGUCUUCUCGCCGGUACUCGUGUCUUGUAUGGUCUUGCUCUCAAGCGUCAGGCACCUCAGAUCUUUCUCCGAACGACUUCGUGGGGCACUCCCUACGUGUGUGUGCUCUUCUUUACGGCAUUCAUGUUCCUCAGCUUCAUGAGUCUCUCGAAUGGAGCCAUGACUGUCUUUUGGUGGCUAGUCGACCUGACUGCUGCUGGAGUUCUUGUCUCCUGGUCGGCCAUCCUCCUUAACCACAUCAGACUGCGACUCGCCAUGAAGAAGCAGGGCAUCCCGGUCACCAGCUUGCCUUGGCACAACUCUUGGACUCCCUAUUCCUCCAUUGUUGCCCUCUGCAUGUGCUUGAUCAUUCUCUUCACUGGCGGCUUCUCCGUCUUUACAAAGGGAAAUUGGGACCCUGUUGGCUUUGUGUCAUCCUACUUAGAUAUCCCGCUGGUGAUUGCUGCAUACCUCAUCUGGAAGUUUGUCAAGAAGACAAAGAUUGUGUCAUUAUCCGAGAUACCCCUUCAAGAUGCGAUUAAAAAGUCGGAACAGGACAGGGCCGUGGAGGUAUAG